GAUCGCACUGCUUUUAUAGCUUGAAAGACGCGUCGUGACACAAAGCCUCAUACGGUUAAUUCAUACUACAGGCUCGCCAGGGAUGUUAUUACCUCCCUAAUCAAGUCAUCAACUCCCACCAUCAAGAUCACUGCACAUCUAAAUUCAUCCAAGAUACCUCAUUUGUUUCUAGUUGUUAGCAUUCCAACAUCACCCGCUCAAAUGGAUUUUGUCUUUAUAGACAGUGGUCCUUCUAUGAGCGACGUAUCAUCCGGAGAAGAAGAUUUGCCGCCUUGUCGAGAACGCCAGGGGGGAACACCUACGAAGGACGACCCCAUGGAAGCUAUAACUCCCAGUACUCCGAUAACCCCAGUGCACCGUUGCUCGCACCGCUGUGGAGACUAUGAAGACCAACAUGCGGAACUAGGAUUCAGUGGUCCUUCCACUUGCGGUUUUCAACGCCCUCGAAAGGAUUCAAAUGAACACUUGUUUCUUGACCAUUACUCCCAAUCGAAACCGAAGCGAAACGAACAGUAUGGACACGAGUGGAAGCUGCUACAGUUGCAAGACCGGACGAUUCGAGGCUACCAUAAUCCCCAAACCCAGAUGUGUGCUGCCCCGCCACCGCCACCACCUCCUCCCCCUCCGCCACCUGUAAGUCUCCGAGAACUGUUGAAUUCGAAGCUUAUCAUCCCAGCCCCCUCCACCACCACCACCUCCACCGGCACCAUAUAGCCUACCUCGUUUACCGAAAUUUCAGGGAGCGCCCCCUCCUCCGCCGCCGCCUCCUCCUCCCCCGCCCCCCUCCUUUCCUCCUUUUCCUC